AUGCCUCUUUAUGAUUGUAUGCUUCUGUUGAAACCUCAUGUACGGAAGGAAGCCGUGAUGGACUUGGCAUCUCGAGUAGGAAAGCAUGUUUAUAGUAGAAACGGCGUUAUCACUAAUAUAAAAUCCUUUGGCACUGUUCAACUGGGAUAUGGUAUUAAGAAGCUCGAUGGAAGGCAUUAUCAGGGUCAACUGAUGCAAAUGACAAUGAUGGCCACACCUAACAUCAACAAGGAGCUGCAUUACCUGAACAAGGAGGAUCGCCUACUGCGUUUACGAAAAAGAGAUUCAAAUGCUGACGACGAGGAUGACGAUGAUUUGAGGCUUAUGGUGGAACAAAAUCUAAAAUUCAUUUCAAGUUAG